CUAAUUUGUAUUUCUAUCUCUACUUAUGUAGGAUGCUCGUGCGCAACCUUCAAGCAGCUUCUACGGUUUAUUGACGCCACCAACAUAAACAGAUCUGUGUGCUCUGUCGUCCAGUUAUUCAAUGUCUAGUUCGGAUGCAGAGGAUGACGAGGUCGAUGUCAAUGGACUGGCCGUGCAUGGCCUCACAGACGCGCCUGACAGCUAUAUAGGUUACCUUCCAUCAUUUCGUGCACACUUGCGAGAUACCAAAGCCCACCUCAUCGGCUCUAUCCCCUUUGAUGACGCCACCCAUCCCGUUCCCUCAACCCGGUUUACGCCCCCUCCACAUAGUAUUAAUCAAGAUAGCGUUCCCUCUUCUCCUGAACAAGUCGAAGAGAGCUCCGAACUACCACCACGCAAAUCAAAACCAACGAUCUGGAGUUCCUCACUCUCUUCUUGGUCUCAAUUAGAGGUAGACGCAUUCUUUCACGCGUUGUCGGUCUAUUCUCGCUGGCGGCCAGACUUGAUCGCAGAGGCUGUAAAGACCAAAGGCGAGGUCGAAAUUGUAGAGUUCCUCAUUACUCUGGAUUCCCAUGCUACCGAGACUGGUGACAUCAUGUCGACUUCCCCUGCCGCGAUUGAAGUAUCGGAUGAGUGGAUAGUCGCGGAAGAGGCAAUGGCUGCUGCUCUGACCGUUGAAGAGGGUCGCGGUGAACUUCAGCAACUGGAGGCGCUAAGGAGAAAGAGGGUAAGGGACGCGAAGGCGGAUAUGAUCCCGAGAGGAAAACGGAGGCGUGUCACAGUCGAAGUUGGCGCAGACGAACUCAUGUCGUGUGAGGAUUCAGAGAGGGAUGAUUUCGAGGGCGAUUCGAUGAGCGUUGAGGUCGUCAAGGGAAAGGCUCGCUUCGAAAAAUGGUACGCGCGUAAGACCGCUGCUUGGGAACGAGACGAUCUGUUUAAGAAGCUCGACGACAUGCAUUUGCAAGUCUUGGAUACAAUGCUGCGCGAGGAUGAGGAGGCACAGAAGGGAAAGAGCCUAAGCCGUGAAGGGAGUGCUGAUGUGAUCUCGCAGGACUUGGACACGAGAGUACUCUCUCCCACGUCUCGCCGACGCCAUACAAAGCGACUCUACAUGCGGCGAAAGCGUGCGCAGCUCCGAGGCGAAGAUGUGGUACCAGUGACCCUCGCAAGAAUGAAGCCUGGGAGGAAGGGAAAAGAAAAGGGAGCUCAAGUGGUGGAAGAGACCGAGAAAGAGGAAGUGUCGCCCUCUGGGAAAGAAAUUGGGAAUAGGAAGGCAAUGACUCCAGAUCUUACUUAUCCUGAUUCCCAAACCGAUGACGAUGACGGCGGGGACGCGGGCACGGCGACCACCAAGAAGCAUAUUAACGUGGGUGGAAAAACGCGCUACCAAAAAAUCAGGUCCGAUUUCGAAAAUGCUGGGAUCAAUGCAACCUAUCUCGGUGAACACGGUAUGGAUCUUUUCCAUCUCGGGCGUUUGGGAAAGCUCAUGGGGAUGUACAAAUCGCUCGAGGAAUGUCCUGAGGAUGAUGUCGGCAACAUCUUUAUCUCCUCAGAGUUAAUACGGUACCUUCAAGCAUCGGUAGUUGCGUUUAUGACGGAUGUCGUACACCGUGCGACCGUGUGGAAGGAACAGGCUAAUGAACUCAAGGGCCAGAAGAAGGUUUGGAAGGGCGCGCUGCACCAGAUAAACCAACGAGCUGUCGAGCAUGCAUUAAAGACAAUCGGUGUGAGGACCUUGAGUCAGCAAGAGCACUUCUCAAGGCUCCUUGAUCAGUACGAUUUAUCCCCGGACAAACGGAGGCGCAAGCCAAAAUCUAGCACCCCCGAAGAUGUGGAGGACGAGCGAGCGCGUACUGCCGGACAUUCUCCCGACGCCGAAAGUUAUGACAUUGCACUCUCGCCUCAUCGUGCAAUAUACACGCCUGCAUUUCUCGCUCCCGCCUCGUUUGAUAUCGGUGUUGUGGACACUUUCUUACCGGGUUAUGAUGGACAGCUUCCAUCGAGAGCCCUGAUCAACGAGGAUUCACGCGAUGCGAUGGAGGAGUCGUUACUCUCGAAUGAGACAGACGAGGAGGCUCUAGAAGACGAGUUGAUGGAGGACGAGAUGUUGGAUCAGGUUGAUGUGGAAACUGGUAAGAAAGUUGAAGGGCAGCUAUGGGCCGAAGUCGAAAGAGAAGAGGGAGACGAUGCAAGCGUGACGUCGGAGCAAUGAUAUUUGAGUGUGGAUAAUAAACUCUAGCUACCCCAUCACUUUAUAAUCGAUUAAUACCUAUAGUACAUGUUGUCAAAUAACCUGUCGUAGGGCCUAAUCUUAGGUUGACUAGACAAUUUCCGACCUUUAA